AUGGUCUUGGCUUACUUUGUACAUCGGAAGCGGGAAAACAAUCCAUUUGUUGACUUAUGUGAGGAUGAAUUCAAGGAUAGAUAUAGAUUUUCAAAAAACUCUGUGAGAGAACUAAUUGAAUUGAUAAGGCCUAGUUUGGAAGGCACUUCCACAAGGGGAACUAGGUUACCUUUGUGGAAGAAAGUGUUGGUAGCGUUGCGCAUUUUUGCAAGUGGAACACUUUUGCGAGAAGCCGGCGAUUUAACUAAUAUUUCAGAAUCAUCGGCAUGCCGCUAUGUGCAUAAAGUGGCAUUGGCAAUAUGUCGUAAACUGAGGAAAGACUACAUCAUAUUUCCAAAGAACCAAUAUGCUCAACAGACAAAGGACGCCUUUUAUAGAUUAGGUCGUUUCCCUGGCAUCCUCAGUGCAAUUGAUGGCACACAUAUUCCCAUUGUGUGUCCAUCAACUGACGACAAGGAGGAGUACCGAAACCGCAAAGGCUAUUUUUCAAUCAAUGUUUUUGCGGCGGUAGGCGCUAAGCAAGAGUUUACCAACAUCGUCGCCAGGUGGAAAGGAAGCACGCACGAUUCCCAAGUUUUCAAAAACUCAUCCCUAUACGCCCGUUUCGAGCAGAACGAGUUCAACGGUGUGCUGAUAGGAGAUAGCGGGUACGAAUGUAACAGGCUUCCUAGUUACCCAUCCCCACUGACCAACUGUAGACAAGGCUACAAGAACUUCAUGAUUUGCCGUGUUAUCUUCAACAUCGUGAUCGGAGGAAGAGACUUUGUCAAAUUCAAUAAAAACCGGGGAAACGCAGCUGGGGGCUAG